GUAUAUACUAACGAAACCAAUGUCGGCUGACUGGUGGCGGCGGCUGCCAGAGCUCGUGAUCCGGCUCGAGGAAAUCUUGUUUAGGAAACACCGAAACAAGACGGAGUACUUCAAUAUGGCGAAGGGGUCAAUUCAGCCGUACUUGCACUUUGCUCUCCGGGCAUUGAAUGCUCAUCAGAACCAAAAACAGCAACAAAGACAGCAAUCGUCAGUACAGACAGCAUCUUCCCCUGGCUGUAUCACCCAAGGUGCAAGUGGAACUUCUGGAAUGUCUUAUGUAACAUACAACAUGGAUCUUUCAUCUUCAGCAGGCUUGGUUCCACAGAAUGCCACCAUGGGUACCUCGCUGCCAGGGGGAGCUCCUGAUAACCAUGUGAACACAAUGCUGACUCUGGGGAUAAACCCUACACAACAUGAUUGUUCUACAGAGUCCAACAACAACAAUGACAAGCUCGCCAAGGUGGCGGAGGCACACGCGGCGCCUCUUAUAAAGGAUCUCCCAAGGGAACCGAAAUUCAGCUGCCCAGUCUGCAUGAACGAGCUGGUCGAUGCGUCAUCAACUAUCUGCGGCCACAUCUUCUGCCAGAAGUGCAUCGAGGCCUCCAUCAAGGCACAGAAGAAAUGCCCUACCUGUCGUAGGAAACUGACCAUGAGAAGUUUCCACCGCGUCUACCUCCCGAUGAUGGACUGAACUGAUCCUGGCAUUCUGGGUGUGCGGAGCAUCGGCACACAAACCAUUGUCCUCAGUCCUCACUAGCCUUUUGGUGAUUAAUUC